CCAAACAGUCGGUAGACGCGAAACAGUCGGCGCGUGUUCGUAGUCCGCCGCCGCCGCGUAUGAAUGAGCAGUGCACGGCCGUUUUGUACGCGGGCCAACGUGCCGCCGACUCAGUGCACGGCAUGCGAUUAACAUGGUCACACAAACGGUACCGUCGUCCACGUGCGCAGACGACGACGACGACGACGAUCGCUACCACGACCACGGCCGUUCCGGCACCCGUUUACCGCACGAGACAAAUGAACGGCAUGCGAGUUUUGAUGACACUGAUUUUAAUAACUACCAACUCAGUGGUGCACUCGUGGUCAUGUCAUUCAGACUGCAUAUGUUUAUCACAGAAACAAAUCCUUUGUAAUUCCGGCCAUCUGACGUUCGUGCCGCUUCGCGAUCUACCCAACACCCUCGAACAUCUGUCGCUGACCAAGAACAACUUGACGUACUUGCCCACUGACGCAUUCAGCGGGCUUCGAAACCUGCGCAAGUUGACCCUGGAUGCCAACAGUAUAAGCAGCGUCGAGAGUUUCGCAUUCCGCGGGCUUAAUCGACUCCGGGAGCUGUCCAUUCAACACACACCGCUCAGCUCGCUCAAGAAGUUUUCAUUCUCUGGUCUUCAGAAUGUCACGGCCAUCCUGUUGGGCUAUAAUCAGAUCAGCGUGAUCGACGAGUAUGCAUUCACUGGUACCAGCAACAUUAGACUAAUAUUACUGAACAACAAUCCGCUACACACGGUGUCCGCUAACGCGUUCUCCGGGCUGACCAACGUAGAACACCUGAUACUACCGUCGGGCAUCCGGCACUUGCAGCCGGACGCGUUCAAUGGGAUGGACUCAGUGGGACUGCUGAAGCUGUCGUUCAUGGACCUUACGUCGUUGAAGCCACACACGUUCCGAGGGCUGAGCCAUGUGCACGUGCUGGCCAUCCAGGACUCCGAUCUCGGCGUGAUCCGGACGGACGCCUUCGCCGGGCUUAAAUACGUUGGUAGCCUAAACGUGUUGAACAACAAGAUCGACUCGGUGCAGAGCCUGGCAGUGGUCCGCGGCAACCACAUCAAGCAUCUGCGGUUCAACGGCAAUCACGUGCUGGUCAGCCCCGGGCAGGGCGCGUUCGCAGUGGUCACGUCCGAUGGCUUCACCGUGGUGGGCAAUCACUUCCCGUGCGACUGUCACCUGUUUCGAUUCCUGGACGGCCGCCCGUUCGGCAACAUGUCGGCCGACCUGUUCGCUGGCAAGAACUAUUGCAUAUCGCCGCUGGAGCUCAACGGGCAACCGGUCAGCGUCGUCAAGCAGGCCACCGUGGACAGGUGUUUGCAGACGUCACCGUCGGCGGCCGCGGCCACGUCACACGUGUUCGCCGCGUCCAUAGCGGUCUUGUGCUGCGUAUUACUGCUGCACCAGGUGCCCGUUUAAUACUCUCACCACGUAAUCGUCUACGUUAUAUCAUCAUCAUUAUUAUUAUUAUUAAUAUUAUUAUUAGGAUCAUUAUUAUAAUUAUUAUUAUAACUAUCGUUUUUAUUAUUAUUAUUAUUAUUAUAAAUAAUAUAAUUAUAUCGUAACAAACACUGAAAUCAACGUUUUGAUCGAAAAAGUUUAAUUAUAUAUUAAACAAUAAUAAACACUACGAAAAAUAGUCCUCUUGUGAUUUAAAAUCAACUAUAUGUACUAUAUGCGUAAAUACAUCGAUGCGGUAUACCUAAAA